AUGAGGACUACUGGCGCAUUGGACUAUUUAUGCUACAGUAUACUCAUCCUGCAGCUGCUGAAUCAGCCCGAUGCCAAGCAAGUGCUGCGAUAUCGCCUGGCUGAGGAGGGUCCCGCGGAUGUCAGGGUAGGGAACGUAGCCAAAGACCUCGGAAUCGUCGCCGGGUCUGGCGAGGUCACGUUUACCCUCGAGUCUGGCUCAGAUUUUUUCAAAAUAGAUAAUAUAACAGGCGAGCUGACCACUAAUGAACGGCGGAUAGACCGUGAAAAAUUACAGCAGUGCCAAAUGAUAUUUGAUGAAAACGAAUGUUUCAUAGAUUUUGAAGUGUCAGUAAUUGGACCGGCUCAGAGCUGGGUCGACCUGUUCGAGGGGAAAGUCAUUAUUUUAGACAUAAAUGACAACACCCCGUCUUUCCCCUCUCCUGUGCUGACAUUGUCGGUGGAGGAGAACAGACCGAUUGGCACUCUCUAUCUCCUGCCCACAGCCACCGACAGAGAUUUCGGCAGGAAUGGAAUUGAGCGAUAUGAGCUUAUUCAGGACAGCGGGGAGAGCUCCAGGCGCCUGGGUUCGAGCUCAGGGGGACGGGGGGCGGACAGCAGGAGAUUUGAUGAGGGGGCAGGCAGGAGCAGUGUCUUUGAACUGCAAGUUGCUGACACAACUGAUGGGGAAAAACAGCCGCAGCUCAUCAUUAAAGGGACGCUGGACAGGGAGCAGAGGGACUCUUAUGAGCUCACCCUGCGUGUUAGGGACGGGGGCGACCCCCCACGCUCCUCCCAGGCCAUCCUGCGGGUCAUGAUCACUGAUGUGAAUGACAACAGCCCCCGCUUUGAGAAGGCUGUGUAUGAGGCUGACCUGCCAGAGAACAGCUCCCCUGGUGCCCCCAUCCUGCAGCUGAAAGCAGCUGACGCAGACGUUGGGGUGAAUGGUCAGAUUGAGUACGUAUUUGGUGCGGCCACAGAGUCAGUGCGUAGGCUGCUGAGGCUGGACGAGAGCUCGGGGUGGCUGAGCGUCCUCCAUCGUAUUGACCGCGAGGAGGUGAGCCAGCUGCGCUUCACGGUAAUGGCAAGGGAUCGAGGUCAGCCACCCAAAAUGGACAAGGCCACCGUGGUCCUCAACAUCAAGGAUGAGAACGACAACGUGCCCGCUAUCGAGAUUCGUAAGAUCGGACGCAUCUUCUUGAAGGAUGGAGUGGCCAACGUGGCGGAGGAUGUAGUGGUGGACACGCCUAUAGCCUUAGUCCAGGUGUCUGACCGCGACCAGGGCGAGAACGGCAUCGUGACCUGCACUGUGGUGGGUGACGUGCCCUUCCAGCUCAAACCAGCCAGUGAGAUUGAGGGUGAGAUGAAUAAGAAGAAAUACUUUCUCCAUACAUCAGCACCGCUGGACUAUGAGGCCACACAGGAGUACAAUGUGGUCAUCGUGGCUGUGGACUCAGGAAGCCCUAGCCUGGCCAGUAAUAACUCGCUUAUCGUAAAGGUGGGCGACUUCAACGACAACCCACCCAUCUUUAGCCAGAACGUGGUGGAAGUGUCCUUUCCGGAAAACAAUGCCCCAGGCGAGAGGGUGACCACAGUGCAGGCCAUCGAUGCUGACAGUGGCAAGAAUGCAGAAAUCGCCUACUCCCUCGACUCCUCUGUGAAUGGGAUAUUCUCCAUUGAUCCAGACAGCGGUGACAUCAGAGUAAACACCAUUCUGGACAGAGAGCAAACAGAGAGGUACGAGUUCAAAGUGAUAGCCAAAGAUAAGGGCAUGCCCAUACUCCAGGGGUCAGCCACUGUGGUGGUCCUAGUGGCAGAUAAGAAUGACAACGAGCCAAAGUUCAUGCAGGAUGUGUUCACCUUCUACAUCAAAGAGAACCUAACACCCAACAGCCCCGUUGGCAUGGUGACCGUCAUUGAUGCUGACAAUGGCCAGAACGCUGAAAUGAGCCUCUUCAUUGAGGAAGAGGAGGAUAUCUUCUCCAUUGAGAAUGACACAGGAACCAUUUUCUCCACUAUGUCGUUUGACCGCGAGCAGAAGACUUCAUACACGUUUCGGGUCAAGGCCGUGGACGGUGGAGACCCGCCCAGAUCCGCCACCGCCACCGUGUCACUUUUCGUGAUGGACGAGAACGACAACCCGCCAACCGUCACCUUCCCCAUCAACAGCUCCUACACCCUCCUGCCCCCCUCCAGUAACAUCAGGACUGUAGUUCGAACCGUCAUGGCCACGGAUACGGACACAGGGAUCAACGCUGACCUGAACUACAGCAUCAUCGGCGGUAACCCCUUCAAACUGUUUGAGAUCGACGGGGGCAGCGGGGUUAUCUCACUGGUGGGGAAGCUGGAGCAGAAACACUAUGGCCUCCAUAGACUGGUGGUCCGGGUGAACGACAGCGGCCAGCCCUCCCAGAGCACCACUACCCUGGUGCAUGUCUAUGUCAAUGAGACCCUCUCCAACUCCACCAUCGUGGAGGCCCAGGUGGCCAAGAGCCUGGGCACGCCACUCAACACCAACAUCGCUGGUGACCCCAACUAUGACCUGGGUAAGCAGCGGCUGAGCAUCGUCAUUGGGGUGGUGUCGGGCAUCAUGACGGUCAUCCUCAUCAUCCUCAUCGUCGUCAUGGCCCGCUACUGCCGCCCCAAGAACAAGAACGGCUACGAGGCGGGCAAGAAGGACCACGAGGACUUCUUCACCCCUCAGCAGCAUGACAAGGGCAAGAAGCCCAAGAAGGACAAGAAGAGCAAGAAGUCCAAACAGCCACUGUACAGCAGCAUCGUCACCAUCGAGGCCUCCAAGCCCAACGGCCAGCGCUACGACGGCGUCAACGAGAAGCUGUCCGACAGCCCCGGGAUGGGCCGGUACCGGUCCGUUAACGGAGGGCCCGGGAGCCCGGAUCUGGCCCGGCACUACAAGUCCAGCUCGCCGCUGCCCACGGUCCAGCUCCACCCCCAGUCACCCACGGCCGGGAAAAAGCAUCAGGCUGUUCAGGACCUGCCCCCUGCCAACACCUUCGUUGGCACCGGAGAUAACAUUUCCCUUGGAUCUGACCACUGCUCUGAGUACAGCAGUCAAACCAUCAACAAGUACAACAAACAGGUAAGAACACAUUGA